AUCGCGCCGCCGAAUCUAUAAAAGGAACUAGUCCGGACGAAAAACCUUUAAUUCACUGGGUGAGGGACAGGCAGAGAAGGAGAAUCCUCACUCGUCCCGAAGCAAAACAGAGGCAGGGAAGCGAGGAGGGUUAGCAUUGAAAUAAUAAUCCCAGAGCCCCAGUUUUUUUCGGUUUUGGGUGUUUUUUUUGGGGGGGGGGCUGGUGUUUCGUUUUCUUUUCAAUUUUAGGAAGCGUUUCUAAAAGGGAGGGGGAAAGCGAAACUCAAGUGGAAAACAGUUAAUGACCAGCCACAGUGUCCCUGCAGUGUGCUGUUGCCACUGCCCCUGUCACACCAGGGGAGCUGUGCCUGCAUGCUGAGGAAAGAUGGCUUUUUGGUCUCAGCUUGGACUGCUGCUUUGGAAGAAUUUUACUUUCAGGAAAAGACAAACAUUUCAGCUGUUCCUGGAGGUGGCCUGGCCACUGUUUAUCUUCUUUAUAUUGAUUUCAGUACGACUUAACUACCCACCCUAUGAACAACAUGAAUGCCACUUUCCAAACAAGGCCAUGCCCUCUGCAGGAACACUUCCUUGGGUUCAAGGGAUUAUCUGCAAUGCCAACAAUCCCUGUUUCCGUUACCCAACCCCUGGGGAGUCUCCUGGAGUUGUUGGAAACUUUAACAAGUCCAUUGUCUCUCGUCUAUUCUCAGAUGCCCGGAGAUUGCUUUUGUACAGCCAGAAAGACACCAGUAUGAGGGAUAUCCAGAAGCUUUUGGGAAUUUUGCAGAAGUUUGGGAAUUACAGCCCAAGCUUGAAGCUUCAGGACUUCUUAGUGGACAAUGAAACCUUAUCAGGAUUUCUCCUUCACAACCUGACCAUGUCACAGGCUGCUGUGGCAGAGAUACUGAAUGCUGAAGUCAACCUCCAACAGGUGGUUGUGUCUGGCUACCGGAUGAGCUUGCAAAAUCUCUGUAAUGGAACCAAAUUAACUGAGUUUGUUAAAAUCAAUGACCAGGCAUUAGCAGAGCUCAAUGAAAGCAUUAUUUGUGCACUGCCAAAGGAAAAUCUUGAAGCAGCAGAGCAAAUCUUUCGUUCUAACCUGGAUCCUUUUAAACCCAUUCUGGCCAGAAUAAACUCUAAAAUCGCCCUCCCAGCCCAGGACCUGGCAGAAGCUAUGGAGGAUUUGCUGAAGAGCCUAGGAAACCUCGCCAAGGAACUGGUGUCCAUGAAGAGCUGGAGUGACAUGAGGCAGGAGGUGAUGUUUCUGACAAAUGUGAAUAUCACAAGCUCUUCCACCCAGAUAUACCAAGCAGUGUCAAGAAUUGUGUGUGGUCACCCUGAGGGUGGAGGGCUAAAAAUCAAGUCCCUCAACUGGUAUGAAGACAACAACUACAAAGCACUCUUCGGGGGUAACAGCACUGAAGAAGAUGCAGUGAAUUUCUACGAUAAUUCUACAACUCCUUACUGCAAUGAUUUAAUGAAGAAUUUGGAAUCCAGUCCCCUUUCCAGAAUUAUCUGGAAGGCUCUGAAGCCUCUGCUUAUUGGGAAGAUCCUGUAUACUCCUGACACACCUGCCACAAGGAGGGUCAUGUCAGAAGUGAACAAGACAUUCCAGGAGCUGGCUGUAUUCCAUGACCUGGAAGGGAUGUGGGAGGAGGUCAGUCCGAAGAUUUGGACAUUCAUGGAGGACAGCCAGGAAAUGGAUCUCAUCCGGACACUGUUAGGCAACAAAGGAAACAGCCAUCUCUGGGACCUGCACUUGAAUGGCUCAGACUGGACAGUGAGAGAUAUCGUAGCAUUCUUGGCAAAGCACCCAGAGGAUCACCAGUCAAGCAAUGGUUCCAUGUACAACUGGAGAGAUGCAUUCAACGAGACAAACCGAGCCAUCCAGACAAUAUCUCGCUUCAUGGAGUGCGUCAACCUGGACAAACUCGAACCGGUGUCUUCCGAAGGCCGGCUCAUCAACAAAUCCAUGGAAUUGCUGGAUGAGAGAAAGUUUUGGGCUGGCAUUGUAUUCACUGGAGUUGCCCCAGAUAGUGUUGAAUUACCCCACCAUGUCAAGUACAAGAUACGGAUGGACAUUGACAAUGUGGAAAGGACAAACAAAAUCAAAGAUGGGUAUUGGGAUCCCGGUCCUAGGGCUGACCCUUUUGAAGAUAUGCGCUACGUCUGGGGAGGUUUUGCUUACUUGCAGGAUGUGGUUGAGCAAGCAAUCAUCCGAACCCUGACAGGCAUUCAGAAGAAAACUGGAGUCUAUGUACAGCAGAUGCCCUACCCUUGUUACGUAGAUGACAUAUUCCUGCGUGUGAUGAGCCGUUCAAUGCCUCUUUUCAUGACCCUGGCUUGGAUCUACUCUGUGGCUGUGAUCAUUAAGGGGAUCGUGUAUGAGAAGGAAGCCCGACUGAAAGAGACCAUGAGGAUCAUGGGUUUGGACAAUGGCAUCCUCUGGUUUAGCUGGUUCAUUAGCAGUCUCAUCCCACUUCUCAUGAGUGCAGGCCUGCUGGUGCUGAUAUUGAAGAUAGGAAACUUGCUGCCCUACAGUGACCCCAGCGUGGUGUUUCUCUUCCUCUCGGUUUUUGCCGUGGUGACCAUCCUGCAGUGUUUCUUGAUCAGCACGCUGUUCUCCAGAGCUAACUUGGCUGCAGCCUGUGGAGGGAUUAUCUACUUCACACUCUACCUUCCCUAUGUCUUGUGCGUCGCCUGGCAGGACUAUGUGGACUUCUCACUUAAGAUCCUUGCUAGCUUGCUGUCUCCAGUAGCGUUUGGAUUUGGCUGUGAGUAUUUUGCCCUCUUUGAGGAGCAGGGCAUCGGCGUGCAGUGGGACAAUGUCUUUGAGAGCCCUCUGGAGGAAGAUGGCUUCAACCUCACCACAUCGAUCUCGAUGAUGCUGUUUGAUACCUUCCUGUACGGGGUGAUGACCUGGUACAUUGAAGCUGUUUUCCCAGGCCAAUAUGGAAUUCCCAGGCCCUGGUAUUUCCCUUUCACCAAGUCCUACUGGUUUGGAGAGGAGAGUGAUGUCAAGAGCCACCCCGGUUCCAGUCGAAAAGGAGCAUCUGAAAUCUGCGUGGAAGAGGAGCCCAGUCACCUGAGGCUGGGGGUUUCCAUUCAGAAUCUGGUGAAGGUUUACCGUGAUGGCAAAAAGGUGGCAGUAGAUGGACUUGCACUGAAUUUCUAUGAAGGCCAGAUCACCUCUUUCCUGGGACAUAAUGGAGCUGGAAAAACCACUACCAUGUCCAUCUUGACGGGCUUAUUUCCUCCCACCUCAGGCACUGCCUAUAUCCUGGGUAAAGAUAUACGUUCUGAACUCAGCACCAUCAGGCAGAACUUAGGUGUUUGUCCUCAGCAUAAUGUCCUAUUUGACAUGCUGACAGUAGAGGAACACAUCUGGUUCUAUGCCCGAUUAAAAGGGCUGUCCGAAGAGAACGUCAAAGCAGAGAUGCAGCAGAUGGUACUGGAUGUCGACUUACCGCACAAAUUGAAAACCAAAACGAGUCAGUUGUCCGGUGGCAUGCAGAGAAAGCUAUCAGUUGCCUUGGCCUUUGUUGGUGGAUCAAAGGUUGUUAUUUUAGAUGAACCAACAGCUGGGGUUGACCCUUACUCUCGAAGAAGAAUAUGGGAACUGCUGUUGAAAUAUCGACAAGGUCGUACGAUCAUACUUUCCACGCAUCACAUGGAUGAAGCCGACAUCUUGGGAGAUAGAAUUGCCAUCAUUUCUCAUGGAAAAUUGUGCUGCGUUGGCUCUUCCUUGUUUUUGAAGAAUCAGCUGGGAACGGGGUACUAUCUGACCCUUGUCAAGAAAGAUGUUGACUCAUCCCUGAGUUCAUGUCGAAACAGCAGCAGCACAGUGUCUUAUCUGAAAAAGGAGGACAGUGUUUCUCAAAGCAGCUCUGAUGCUGGCUUGGGCAGCGAUCAUGAAAGUGACACCCUGACAAUAGACGUUUCUGUCAUCUCCAACCUGAUCAUGAAGCAUGUUUCCGAAGCCCGCCUGGUGGAGGACAUUGGGCACGAGUUAACCUACAUGCUACCGUAUGAAGCUGCUAAAGAGGGCGCGUUUGUGGAGCUCUUCCAUGAAAUCGAUGAUCGACUCUCAGACCUUGGCAUUUCCAGUUAUGGCAUCUCUGAAACCACACUGGAAGAAAUAUUUCUUAAAGUGGCUGAGGAUAAUGGAGUAGAUGCAGAAACCUCAGAUGGCACUCUGCCUGCUCGGAGGAACAGACGGGCCUUUGGGGAUCGUCAGAGCUGCCUGCGUCCGUUUACCGAGGACGAUGCGUCCGUUGACCCAAAUGACUCUGAUGUUGAUCCAGAAUCCAGAGAGACAGACCUCCUCAGUGGGAUGGAUGGUAAAGGCUCCUACCAAGUGAAGGGCUGGAAACUCACCCGACAGCAAUUUGUAGCCCUUCUGUGGAAGAGGCUGUUGAUUGCCAGACGCAGCAGAAAAGGAUUCUUUGCUCAGAUCGUCUUGCCAGCGGUUUUUGUCUGUAUCGCCCUCAUGUUCAGCUUGAUUGUACCUCCCUUUGGCAAGUACCCCAGCCUGGAACUACAGCCGUGGAUGUACAACGAGCAGUACACAUUUGUCAGCAACGAUGCUCCAGGAGAUGCAAAUACUCAGAAGCUCUUGAAUGCUCUUACCAAUGACCCUGGCUUUGGAACCCGUUGUAUGGAAGGAAGCCCAAUUCCCGAUGCACCCUGCUUAGUCGGUGAAGAUCAAUGGACCACAGCUGCUGUGCCCGAGACCGUCAUGGACAUCUUCCUGAAAGGGAACUGGACAAUGGAGAACCCGUCCCCUGCCUGCGAGUGUAGUAAUGAUAAAAUUAAGAAAAUGCUGCCAGUGUGCCCUGCAGGAGCUGGGGGACUGCCUCCCCCUCAAAGAAAACAACAUACAGCAGACAUCCUCCAGAACCUGACUGGGAGAAACAUUUCGGAUUACUUGGUGAAGACGUAUGUCCAGAUUAUUGCCAAAAGUUUAAAGAACAAGAUUUGGGUAAAUGAGUUUAGGUAUGGUGGGUUUUCUCUGGGCGCCAGCAAUUCACAGACACUUCCUCCAAGUGAUGAAGUUAGUGACGCCAUUAAGCAAGUGAAGAAGCUCUUCGAAUUGGACAAGGGCAGUGCUGCAGAUCGAUUUCUCAACAGCUUGGGAAGCUUCAUGACUGGAUUAGACACCAAAAAUAAUGUCAAGGUAUGGUUCAAUAACAAGGGCUGGCAUGCCAUUGGCUCUUUCCUGAAUGUCAUAAACAAUGCCAUUCUUCGGGCCAACCUGCAGGAGGGAGAGAACCCCAGCACCUACGGGAUUACCGCUUUCAAUCACCCCCUGAACCUAACCAAACAACAGCUCUCCGAAGUAGCUCUGAUGACCACAUCGGUAGAUGUUCUAGUUUCCAUUUGUGUGAUCUUCGCCAUGUCUUUCGUCCCAGCAAGCUUUGUGGUAUUUUUGAUCCAGGAGCGAGUCAGCAAAGCGAAACAUCUGCAGUUCAUUAGUGGUGUGAAACCUGUUAUCUACUGGCUUUCAAAUUUUGUCUGGGAUAUGUGCAACUAUGUGGUACCUGCCACCCUCGUCGUCAUCAUCUUCAUCUGCUUCCAACAAAAGUCCUAUGUGUCCUCCACCAAUCUGCCUGUUCUGGCUCUCCUUCUCUUACUCUAUGGGUGGUCAAUAACGCCUCUCAUGUACCCGGCCUCCUUUAUAUUCAAGAUCCCCAGCACAGCUUACGUAGUGCUGACCAGUGUAAAUCUCUUCAUUGGGAUCAAUGGAAGCGUUGCCACGUUCGUCCUGGAACUCUUCACUAACAACAAACUGAACAACAUCAAUGACAUCCUGAAAUCUGUGUUCCUGAUCUUCCCUCACUUCUGCUUGGGUCGAGGACUAAUUGACAUGGUGAAAAAUCAGGCAAUGGCUGAUGCCCUGGAAAGAUUUGGAGAGAAUCGUUUUGUCUCACCACUGUCCUGGGAUUUGGUAGGACGGAACCUCUUUGCCAUGGCAGUAGAAGGGGUAGUGUUCUUCCUCAUCACUGUGUUAAUCCAAUACAGGUUCUUCAUCAAACCAAGACCCGUAUGUGCAAAACUUCCUCCUGUAAAUGAUGAAGAUGAGGAUGUGAGGAGAGAAAGGCAGAGGAUACUUGAUGGCGGAGGUCAGAAUGAUAUCCUGGAAAUAAAGGAGCUGACCAAGGUCUAUAGAAUGAAGAGGAAGCCUGCCGUUGACCGGAUCUGUGUGGGAAUUCCUCCCGGAGAGUGCUUUGGACUUCUGGGAGUUAAUGGUGCUGGCAAAUCAUCAACUUUCAAAAUGCUAACCGGAGACACCAACGUGACCGGAGGAGAUGCUUUUCUCAACAAAAACAGUAUCUUGUCAGACAUACAGGAAGUGCACCAGAACAUGGGGUAUUGUCCACAGUUUGAUGCUAUUAAUGAGCUACUGACAGGGAGAGAGCAUGUGGAAUUCUUUGCCCUCCUCAGAGGUGUACCCGAUAAAGAAGUUGGCAAGGUUGGUGAAUGGGCAAUUCGCAAACUGGGACUUUUGAAGUAUGGAGAGAAAUACGCUGGGAACUAUAGUGGAGGAAACAAACGCAAACUAUCUACUGCCAUCGCAUUGAUUGGGGGACCACCUGUGGUGUUUUUGGAUGAGCCAACCACCGGCAUGGAUCCGAAAGCCCGUCGCUUCCUGUGGAACUGUGCCCUUAGCGUUAUCAAAGAGGGCAGAUCUGUGGUGCUCACAUCUCACAGCAUGGAAGAAUGUGAGGCCCUGUGCACUCGAAUGGCAAUCAUGGUCAAUGGAAGAUUCAGAUGUCUUGGCAGUGUCCAACAUUUAAAGAAUAGGUUUGGAGACGGUUAUACGAUAGUAGUUCGAAUAGCAGGGUCAAACCCUGACCUGAAGCCGGUUCAGGAAUUCUUUGGACUUGCCUUUCCGGGAAGUGUCCUUAAAGAAAAACACCGGAACAUGCUGCAGUACCAGCUCCCAUCUUCACUGUCCUCUCUGGCCAGGAUAUUCAGCAUCCUCUCCCAGAACAAAAAGAGACUGCACAUAGAAGACUACUCUGUUUCUCAGACGACACUUGACCAAGUAUUUGUAAACUUUGCCAAGGACCAAAGUGACGACGACCACUUGAAGGAUGUGUCAUUACACAAAAACCAGACUGUUGUAGAUGUCGCUAUCCUCACGUCAUUUCUGCAAGAUGAAAAAGUGAAAGAAAGUUACGUAUGAGUUACCUCUUGAGAGACAGAGGCCAGAAGACAGAAGGAAUCAAGGCUUCCCUUGGCAUGGAGUAAAAAUGCUCCAGAGCGAGAGCCCGAGGAUUUUGAGGGAAAAGACAUAAACUGGACAUUGUACUGCUACCAUCCCAUCCAAUGCAAUGCAAUUCAAUGCAAUGAGAACAAAAUUCCAUUACAGGGGCAGUGCCUCUUGGAGUCUUUGCCUUGUUUUACUGCUCUCAAGUGAAAGACUUCAAUCUAGUUUGUUCCGGUAGAACUAUGUGAAACUGUACUACAGAGCCCGUUGGACACUGUGGGUUUGAAAUCAUACUUUUUGGUUCCCUUCUAGCCUGACUAGGAUUGCAACAAUAAUUCAUUGAGUAAUCAUGGCCAAUGAUUAUUUAUUGAAAUUUGGGGGUGAUACGUAUUUGUUCCUGACGUGCCAGGAGUGGAGUGUCCGGGUGCCCUGUCCAUCGCCGGCAAUGAGUGCACCACACCUGCCAGUGCCAAGAUGUUCAGAAAAAGGGUAGCACCAAGGGGCACCGUGUCGUAUCUUAUGAAGGGAACCCUGACUGACCACUCUAUCGAGGACCUCCAGACUGAUGAGGGUCAAAAAUCGACAAUGUUCAAUGCCAGCCCACCACCGCACCAUCGUGGUGACGCGCUGCUUUUUGUCUCUUUGAUGAGCUGCCGUCAAGGUGGCAACGUGUAAAAUUCGGGCCGUCUCGCAAAAGUAGGGGGAGACUGGCCCCUCUCCACAGCAGAGUCUCGCAGGCCUCGAAGUUCACAUCACUGGGACUUCACUGUGAUUCACGUGGGUCUAUGUAGCUCCUAGGAAAGAGCCAAAAAUCAUCAGCAGCAAAGCCCCGGGGAGGGAGCCGGUGCAAAGACUCGGUGAGCGUACGCUGCUAGGGCCGGGCAACUGAUAGAGAGAAAGCAGCAUGCCAGAUUACCAUGGAAACUGCCCGUCAAUCCUUGAUUUGCACAAGAAAGUGGUACCUUGCAGCCCAAGGUCCUUAUCGUUCAACAUAGCUGAAGUAUUAUUUCAGGCUUUCUGCGUUUAACCCAGAAUUUUGAAGGGCGGUAGUUUCAUUUUAACAAAAAUCAUUGUGCUCUUGAUGUUAGAUUAUUUGAAUUUGUAACUACUUUAGAUCAUUUCUAAAACUUUAAAUUGAUUUUUUUGGAGGAACACUGCAUAUUUUGCAUUAUGCCACAUUGUCUUGCUAGUUGUGUUUUGCUUAGAUGUGUAACAUGUGCAAGAAGUAAUGUUUGAUACUUGGUGUCAUCACAGAUCUGAAUCGGGAUUUCUGAAAUGGUGUUGAGUAUUCUUAAUUGUUUAGGAACUUAGUUAGAUGAAUGGCUCCAUCCUGUUUCAGCAGAUUUCAUGUGCCAUAAAGCCUCAGCUAAGUGAUUUGUAAGUGUGUAAACAUCCAGGCCUCUAAACCCACCCCAAACCCAAUUCAAAAGUUCAAGAUAGCAGCAGCAGCAGAGAAAUUUUCAAGACAGUCACAAGGCAAAGAAACUAUUUUAUUUUUUUUGGCAUGGAAGAAUGUGACUUUAGAAUAAGUUUCAAAAGUAAAAACAGGUGUGUUUGGCAAAGGAGUAAUUUGCUUUUGUAGUUUUCUCAAAUCAAAAAGCUCCAUCUAGCCAGUUCCUCACCUCUGCUACUAUCAUUAUCCCUUAAAAAAACAUCAGAAAUCACAUUUUCUCCCAAAGGCCUUGGACCAAGCCCGAAAAUUGGUGAGAAAUACCUCAUCAAUGAUCCAGUUGCGCAACAUCUGUAAAUUCAUUAAAAAAAUUUUUACAUGGAGUUUUUUCAAGAGAAGAUUACAACUUCUCAAGUUUCAGGUCACUUCCUAUUGCUAUUUGCUGAUGAACUUGGAUCAUCCGAGGUGAGUGACGGUUUCGUCAUCAUUCAAAUCAUUCUUCCCAAUGAAUGUAUGAUAACAGAUCUUGAAAGUUACGAGCCUUUCCCAAGAGAAUGCAGGUGCAACCAGCACCCCAACAGACACACUUCUAAGGAGACUGAGUAUUGUCAGCAAAUCUUGGGCAGUAGAAUAACAGCUGAGCCAUGUCCCCACUAGCUAGAGUCUGUUUUUAAACGUGCAAAUGAGGUAUUUUCAUUUGCUUUCUUACUCUUAAUUUUUUCCUUUGUCAAGCAAAAUCCUAUGGACCGUUAAAUCUUUUUUUUCUCCUCUCCCAUUACUAAAAAACAUUUUGAGUUUAGCAAGAAUAAUUUUUAGGUUUCCAGAGAAGAAGAAUCAAUAGAGUAGAGCAGCCGGAGAAAUGCAAACAGGUACUUUUCUCUAUAAAAUCCAAUUACGGUUAAAAAAAAUUGCUUCAUGUGCAAAUAAGAUGUUUUAUCAUUAUAUAUUUAUAUAUUGAAUAAGGUCAAUGCAGAAACAUCAAUGUCUCCAGUUUUCCCCAAAAUGAGUUUUGAAAGAUUUCUACUGCUUCUGCUUCCAUUUGACAUCCGAAACCUUACUAACAACUGUGAAUAUGAAAAUAAACCUCUAAUAAGUGUCCCACACAUCUUCAAUUCCUGGAAGAACCUCAAACUACUGUAUUUUUAACUGUACUGAAUACAUAUACCUUGUGGUUUUCAAGUAUUGUACAUCAUUUUCCGUUUUAUUUCUCCUCUCAUGGUUCUACAUAUCAGGUAAAAAUGAUCCAAAGAGCUAAGUGUCAUAACAAUUCUAAACCACUUUGAAAACGGAUCUGUGUUGAGGGCAUUUAUCGAUUUGAAACAGUUACCACUUACUGUAUACUCUUUUAAAAAUUGUUGCAUCCCUUUUUGUAGUGUUUGUAUUUCGAUAAGAUUAGAUAUAUUUCUUCUCCCAAUCCCAUGAUAAAGCUGUUUGUGCUUUUUCGAUAUUGGUGGUCCUUCAUUCCAAGCACUUUAUGCUGUCUGUAAUGGGAUCUAUUUUUGCACUGGAAUCUCUAUUAACUGCAAAAACUACACAAAGAUUUCACAAUAGAUUUCUAAGUUAAAUCAUUUUCAUUAAAAAGAAAAAGGAAAAAAUGUACUGUCUGUUUGUGAAGUAUUAAAAAGGCAUAUAUUUCUAUGUUCUUGCCUUGAAUUUGUCACAAAAAUAAAGCUGUGACAGUUC